AUGUCAUCCACAGAGCGGAUUGAAUUCGAUGACAUGAAUAAAUAUGGUAGCAAUACCGAAUUGAGUUCCAAUUCUGGCAAAUCCAAUGGAGGAUUCCAUGUCUCGACUGCUAAAGCUUUUAUUUUGUUAUUAUUGGGAGUGUUAAUUGCUAUAGUUAUUGGACUCAUUGUGCAUUUCGCUGGAAAUGGUAAAGAAAUUGUUUGUAGUUGUCCACAAACUGAAUCUAAUGGAAAUAAUGUACCCGUUGCUGACCGAAUUACAGAAUGCAAGAAUUGGGCGGGUGAAGGCAAUACAGAAAUAUAUCUCAGUGAGAUGGUACAACGCUUGUCUGGCGGCCUUCUCGAUCCCAUGGCGUUCUCAACGCUUUCCAGAACAGAUUCACCGAAAGAAAGAAGAAUCACCGGGACUCAGGGAAUAGUGGCGACAAUUGCACGAACAAUGUCUGGCGUGUCAUACACGCUUAUACCACAAUUAUGGCGACCAUUAUUUUCCAUCACAGUAGCAGCGCAGUAA